GUCCCUGUUGAGUCAGACGAUGGAUGAACAAUCACAAGGAAUGCAAGGGCCACCUGUUCCUCAGUUCCAGCCACAGAAGGCGUUACGACCAGAUAUGGGCUAUAACACCUUAGCCAACUUCCGAAUAGAAAAGAAAAUUGGUCGUGGACAAUUUAGUGAAGUUUAUAGAGCAUCCUGUCUCUUGGAUAGUGUACCAGUAGCUUUAAAAAAGGUGCAGAUAUUUGACUUAAUGGAUGCCAAAGCACGUGCUGAUUGUAUCAAAGAAAUAGAUCUCCUUAAGCAACUCAACCACCCAAAUGUAAUUAAAUACUAUGCAUCGUUCAUCGAAGAGAAUGAGCUGAACAUCGUUUUGGAAUUAGCAGAUGCUGGUGACCUCUCCAGAAUGAUAAAGCAUUUUAAGAAGCAGAAGAGGCUAAUUCCUGAAAGAACUGUCUGGAAAUACUUCGUUCAGCUCUGCAGCGCGCUGGAACACAUGCAUUCUCGAAGAGUCAUGCAUAGAGAUAUAAAACCAGCUAAUGUGUUCAUUACAGCCACUGGGGUGGUAAAGCUUGGAGAUCUUGGACUUGGUCGGUUUUUCAGCUCAAAAACUACAGCUGCACAUUCUUUAGUGGGCACACCUUACUACAUGUCUCCAGAGAGAAUACAUGAAAAUGGAUACAACUUCAAGUCUGACAUCUGGUCUCUUGGCUGUCUGCUGUAUGAGAUGGCUGCAUUGCAGAGUCCUUUCUACGGUGACAAGAUGAAUUUAUACUCUCUGUGUAAGAAGAUAGAGCAAUGUGACUACCCGCCUCUCCCGUCUGAUCACUAUUCGGAGGAGCUACGACAGUUAGUUAAUGUGUGCAUCAACCCAGAUCCUGAGAAAAGACCAGACAUCACCUACGUUUAUGACGUAGCAAAGAGGAUGCAUGAGUGUACUGCAAGCAGCUGAACUGCGCAAGAUCAUGAAGAAGGCAGCCAAGAUAACAUCAAAGUAUUUU